AACGAAGCCCAGUUGCUGCACCAUCUUGGUAAGCGGCCGCCCGCAGCGAGGACUGGCCGGCUUCUGCAGCACGUGGCUGCUGCCUCCAACCUGAUCGUUUGAUGCCGGUGUCGAUGUCUAUGAUUAGAAAAUGGCGCAUAAUUCAAACGUGGUCGACCCUUCCAGCGUGGAAACGGCUAACACAGCAUCGAGUCUGUUGUUGGUGCCCGUACCCGUCGACGUUAUAGAGGAAAAUAAGCAGUUCGGAAUCUUGCUGUCGGAUCUGUGCAGACGACUGACCGACGAAAAUGGGAAUUUUUGCACGAGCAGAGAAGAAAAGGAGGCGGAGGACAAAUUGAAACAGGCUCGAGCCUCUUUUUUCGAACAGCAGAUAGUCUACGAUGCCUUACAGGAUCUUAGCAUAAAUCAAAUGGCUAAUAAAAACUCUGAUAGUAAGGAAAAUAAAGUCUUUUAUAAGGUAACAGAAAGAAUACGAAGUGCAGAAAUUUGUAAAUAUUUGGAAGAUGUUCAAAGCGAAGUUAAACUACUAGAUUUAACACCCAAUUUUGUCAUGGAAACAACUUCACGAAUAACGGAGGAGGAAGUAAAAGAAAUUAUUAUCCCUAAAUUAGAAGAAUUCAUAAUUAAAAAAUGCAAAUAUGUCCUAGAAUUCUAUGGAAUAGAAACAAGUGAUAAACUGUACUCUUCUCAAAUAAAUCAACUUCCUUCAUUGCUGGAAGCAGACACGAAGAAUUUGGAGAGAGAACGAGGAUGGCUGGCAAGAGAUAUGGUGGAACGUCUCUCCAUAAUACACAACUAUCAUCAAGUUCUGACUGAGAGUGUAGAACUUUUAAAAAAAUUAUAUUUUCAACAUAAAUAUGGCUCCCACAUAAACUAUUAUUCAACAAAAGUUGAUUACUUAUCAAAUAAAGCUCACGGUUUGUUACAGAAACUCAGGAUUUUGGAGAUGAAAUUACUAUGCGAAACCUACACAGAAGAAGCUAUAAGUGCCCUAAUAAUUAUUAGGAAUAAGUUACAAGAAGAAGAAGACUGCGUUAAGUCGGAAUUGAAGAGCGCUCAUUCCACCCUGGAAAUGUAUGAGAGAUUGGGACCCAGUUUUACCAAUUUGGUAAACGAAUACACCAGACUUCUAAAGGAGAUAGAAAACAAAAAAUGGGCCCUGAAGAAUCUUUGUUGCCCGGACGAUAACCCUCUCAAUUAACUCUAUUUACAUUAACUUAACUCACAUAACACUACUAGAAGAAUUCUACCAGAAGGAAAUAUUCUACAAUAAUUAAAAUGAAGGUUUGGCCUUUUUUCUAACACAGUAUUUAACUUCAAUUAUAAAUUUAAAAUAAAUGAUUAAAUUUAAAUUCUGUAAACACCAUUUAAAAUGCCCAUUUAUUAUUAAUAUUUAUCAAAAAAAUACAUUUUUAGUUUGACAAUAUCAUUUAUCAAGGCACCAAUUAUUGUGUAAAAUUAUGCUGAAGCAUCGGAAGUACAAACUAUUACGGCACCAUUUGUUCUCAUUAAUUAAUACAUUGGUUUGUAAUUUGAUAUUCUUAGUUUAAUUGCGGCAUUUCAGGUCAAUGUACUGUACCAUGAAGUGUAAGUUUUCAAUAGCCUUUGGCGUAAACAAGUUUACCAGCAUAAAUAAAAUACGAGCGAUAAAACCAGAUUAUUUCUUUAAUUUCAAACUUUAUUAUAUGUUAAUCAAUUAUCUCAUUGUAUAAUAUCUGCCAGAAAGAUUUUGGGGUGAGAGCCCAAGUUUCAGAAGAUUCUUCUGGAUAAAGGUGUGCAUCAUCAAAAUUUCUGAGUGGGAACUUGUAAUUGAGGUUCGUCAAUUUAACAAAAAUGUCUUAGUUACGUUGUGACUUCUGUCGGAUUCCAUACCAAAACAUAUUUAUUACUCGAUAUAUUUUGGUACAAAACAAGCCAAUUCUAUUGACUUCAUUUUAGCGGUACAAUCAUUACUGGUAUUGGAUUACAGGAUUUUCUGGUACCUAUGGAAAAAUUUGUGAUCCAAAGGGGCCCAGGAAAGCCCACUCCAGCUUUUGAAGAACUAUAUUUGAAAAAGGGUUGGGAUCUUUUACAC